AUGGAUAUUAAAUUAUAAGUGGAUAAUCUUAUUAAGCCUAUUAAAGAAACUCUAUAGACAAUAGAUCAAGUGAAAAGUUAAAUAAUAUAAUCUCAUACUUAAUAAUUUGCACUCUCUAUAAUUGAGUUUGUAUUUUUAGGAGAUUGUUGUCCAUGUACUUUAACGCCUGUAGAAUACAAGACUUUAAUAAUACAAUAUAUUUAAUAAUUGAGAAAGUACUUCUAAAACAAUAAAGAAUCAACAGUAUGUUAAGUAUUAUAGUUAAAUAACAAAAGAUUGUAAGUAAACUAAUAAAACAACGACAAGAUCAUGGAGAUCGUGAAUAAGAAGGAUUUAUGAAUUCAGAUGAAGAAGAAACUCGUUUAGUGAAAUAGAUUUCUUUUUAACAGAGUACUUAGGAUUAUUCAAAUGAUGCAAACUUAGAAAAACAUAAAGUACUAUUAUAAUCAAAAGAUUACGAAAUUGCAAGUUUGAAAAUUAAAUUGUAGUUAAAAGAAUAAAAACUAUUGGAUUUAGCAAGUGGUUAUCUAAAAGAUUUAUAAAAUAUGAGAGAACAAAUGUACAAAAAAUCUGAUGAUUUUGAUUAUUAUGAGGUUUCAUAUUGUGAUGUAACAGAUAUUGAAGAUCCACGAUAUAGAGAAUUAGUAAAUAAUAAAAUUGCAAAUUUGAAGAGUUAAUAUGAAAAAAAAACAAGGGAGAUGUAAUUGUUAUAUUUAAUUUGUAUAGAUAUUUAUUUGUUUAAAAGUAAAAGAGUGAAAUUUAGAAUCUAAGAUAGACUGUUGGUAAUUAGGAAUAAAAAAUAAAAAUGUUAGAUAAUUUAGAAUAUUUAAUGAAUCGUAUUUUUACAUUAGAAUAAGAUCCUUAUAAAAUAUGGAAAUAUAUAUAAGAUAUAAAAGGAAAUGAAUAUUUUCAUGAUGUUUUUGAGAAAUAAAAACCAGCUUCAGGAAUUCGUUAUAGAGAAGUGAAUAAAUUAUUAAUGGUAACUAAAGCUUACGAUAGAGAAUUAGAAUAUUUUAAAAAAGGAAUAGAAGAUCAAAUGUAUGUCUAUUUAGAAAGAGCUUGUUAAAUCAUUAAUAUUUAAAACUAAGAUUUAUUAGAUGAAAUUGAAGAAUUAAAAAAAGAGAUAGAAAGAGUUAAAUAAUUUGAAGGAAGAAUCAAUUAAUAAAUAAUGCGUUAAUUUGAAUAAUUUAAAAAAUAAUGUAAUUUUACAUUUAAAUAAAAAUAGUAAAAUAAAAUUAAGAUGAAUACUUGGAUGUAAAAUCAAAAGAAUUAUAAUAAUUACAGAAAAUUUAACUGAAAUAUGCAACCAGAUUGUGGUAUAUAGUGAGUUAGAUAAAGAAAGGCAAAGAUAUAAAGGAAAUGAUUUUAUAUGCAUAGUAAAGCAAAAAGUUAAUAAUAUAGUUAGAAUGAUUACGAAAAAUUGACAUCAUAACAAUUCUUAGAAUUGGAAAAUAAUUAUCUCAAAAGUAUCAUCACUAUUAAAACAAAGCAAGAAGAAAUAGUUGAAUUAAGCAAUAAAUUAGAAUAAAUGUAAUUAUAAAAUUAAGAAAUUAUGACAUAAAAUACUUAAUUUAAAGAUAUUAUUUAAGAUCUUAAAACUAAAGCUAAAAAUCAUUAAAAAUGUUUGUAAUAAACAAUAAAACACAUUGAUUCUAAAAUUAAUCCUGAAUAACUUAAUUUAGAAGAUAACAAUAGAGAAACAACUAUUAGUUUUAAAGAAAAACUAAAAUAAUUAAGAUAAUAGCAUAAUGGAUUAAAAUUUAUAUAAGAAGUACAUUUAUAAUAUGAAAAAAAUAAUUUGGCUUUGGAAUUUUUAAAUUAAUAAUAUGAAAACAAAGCAACUUAAACUAUGAUUGGAAAUAUAAGUAAAACUUUGGCAGAAGCUAUAGAAAUACAUGAAAUGAAUAAAAUUAAUGAUAAAACAGAAGAAGAAUUUGAAUAUUAAUAAAAAAAAUUAAAUGAUAAUGAAUGCUAAACUGAUUUAAUUAAUAUUGAUGAACUUUUUAAAUAAAUAAUAGGUUUAAAAUAAUAAAUUAAACAUUUAUCUUAAGAUAUAGAUGAUAUGGAAGGAGAAGGAGUAAUAUAAUAAAAUUUCUAACUUAUCAAUUAAAGAAAUCAAUCCUUUGAAAUUAAUUCAUCUUAAAAAAGUACUAAUCUUAAAAGGAGAUAUGUAUAAGUUAAUGAAUCCAAAGAUUCUAAUUCAAAUAAUUAAGAUGAUCUUAGAGCAUCAAAUGAUAAAAAUAAUGGAUUUUAGUUAGGUUAAACUAAUUAAUUAAUUAUUUUACAUCCAUAAUCAUCUGUUGAAAAAAUUGCAUAAACUUAAACAUUCUUUUCAUCGAAAUUUUAAUAAAAAGGUGUUUUUAAUAGAUUAUUUGAAGACAGUAAGAAAAAAUGUGAAAGAAUUGAAUAAAUUAAAAAAAAUUUAGAACUUUUAGAAAAAGAACAUUGGUAAUAAGUUGCUGAAUUAGUAAAAGAGGAUUAAGAAAUUAUGAAUGCAUUUAAAGAUAGUCUCUCAUCAAGCAAACAUUUCUAUUAAAAACAGUUAAAAAGAAAUCUAGAAAUGGAAUAAAAAUAUUUUCCUUAAAAGCGAAAUCGAGCUUAAUUUUAUUUCAAAAAAUUUAAAGAUUUUCAUGUACAUUAAUAAGAGUUAAGCGAAAUCUUUUUUGAUCCAAAUUCUAGUGAUGAAAAAACUACUGAAAUUUAGAGAUUAAACAUAAAAAGUGUAGUUGAUAAUAGAAAAUUAAAUGGGCAAAUAAAAUUUAAUGGACUUAAAAGAGAGGAAUUCUAAUUUUUUAAGUAACUUGAAAGGAGAAAAUUAUAAAGCAGAACUUUUAGAAGCACACAAUAAUCUCCAAAAUAAAAGAAAGUCUAGUAAGUUUCAUUUAAUAAACCAUUUAUUGGAAGUUUAACUAGUUAUGAGAUGAGUGAUUUUAAUAACUAAUAAAUCACUAAACAUUUGUAAAAAGCUUAUGAUUUGGGCUGA